CGUCUCACCUAUGUAACCUAUAUCUGUAACCUAUGUGUUGCAUUUAUGUAAGGGUGAACAUAUCAGUUACAGAGCUCUGUAGAACUGCUAAUGAUAUAUGGAUAACUUGUUUUCUCAGUAUGAUUUUCCUGAGCUCUGUCAAACUGAUGUUGUAAAGGCUCUUAAACAAUUUAACAGUCUACAGCCAUUGGAAGGAAUGUUUGUAUACAAUGAUGGAAGAGAAGUUGAAUUGUUUUCUCUAGAGGGAACAAUUCCAGUUCUAAUCAGAGGUAUAAAAUACAACAUCCCAAUUCAACUCUGGUUGCAAAAAAGACACCCUUAUGUUCCACCAUUAGUGAUUGUCACACCUACUGAUACAAUGGAAAUCACUCCGUCUCCACUUGUGGAUACUAAUGGAAAUGUUUACCAUCCCUGUCUUCAUACAUGGCAUCUUGAAUCCAAAUCUAAUCUUUUAGAUCUGCUUCAAAUUCUUUGUGAAGUGUUUGCUAUGCGACCUCCAGUUUGCACGAAAAUUACAGAGCUUCAGCUACAGCAAACUGGAAAUUCACAGUCUUACUUACUGCAAGAGAAUUCCUCUUUGCCAAGAAGAGCACCAACAACAGAAGAUAACAUUGUGUUACCGAGGCGGUUAAUACCAACAGAACAACAACUGAGAGACAAAAAUGAAGAACUAAGCCAGCAGCGGACACGCUUUCAAGCACAGCUACAGGAAAAAGAAGAGGAAAAAGCAAACCUUCUGGGGGAAAAAGAACAACAAGAGAGAUACGCAGAGAGACAGUUGAGGGAGAUGUCACAACAGCUUGCACACGUCCAAGGGUAAUUACAACACAGAGAUCAGGAAGCUGAUAAUUUGCGUAAUCGGGUUACUGCUUUGGAGAGACUGUUGAGGGUAAAAGAUCAAGAAGUAAAUGAACUAGAUAUCUCUUUCAACAACUCAGUUGGUGAUAAAUGAAAAUCCACACCAACAGUUACCUGACUGGGUCGUUUCACGCGAUCAAACUCACGUAACAGAUAAGUGCC